CAAAAAGACACUUAUUUUUGUUAAAAACCUCCUUAGAACAAAAUUUCUCUGCAUUUUCAACGGAUUCUUCAUUUCAGAGCCUUCUGAAAAACAAGUUUGCUUAUUGGAAAGUAAAAAUCCAUUUAGAUUUGUGUGUCGUAACUGAUUGCGCGAAGCCAUGGCUCUGCAUUUGGGCAAUGCAUGCUUGUGUGCAUUCAGCCACAGGAAAGUGCAGAGAAUCAGAGCCGUUGCUUCCGAGAACUUUGCCAUCAAAACAGAAGAAGAUAAGGUAAAGUUGGGGGGUUCUGACUUGAAGGUGACAAAGCUUGGGAUUGGAGCUUGGUCAUGGGGUGACACCAGUUACUGGAACAACUUUGAAUGGGAUGAUAGGAAGAUGAAGGCAGCUAAGGCUGCUUUUGAUUCCAGUGUUGAUUGUGGUAUAACCUUCUUUGAUACUGCUGAGGUGUAUGGCUCAAGGUUCUCGUUAGGUGCAAUAAAUUCUGAAACACUACUGGGAAGAUUUAUUAAGGAAAGGAAAGAAAGGAAUCCAGAAGUCGAGAUUUCUGUUGCUACCAAAUUUGCAGCAUUACCAUGGAGGCUUGGUCGGCAGAGUGUCCUCACUGCACUUAAGGAUUCCCUUUGUCGUCUCGGGCUUUCUUCUGUGGACCUCUAUCAACUCCAUUGGCCGGGAGUAUGGGGAAAUGAAGGUCGGAAGAAGCUUAGUUUAUUGGAAAAUGAUUUUUCAGGAUAUAUUGAUGGACUUGGGGAUGCUGUGGAGCAGGGUCUUGUGAAAGCUGUUGGUGUAUCUAACUAUAAUGAAAAGCGACUUCGCAAGGCAUAUGAGCAACUUGGAAAGAGAGGUGUCCCAUUGGCUUCAAACCAAGUUAAUUACAGUCUCAUAUACAGGCUUCCAGAGGAGAAUGGUGUGAAGACUACCUGUGAUGAACUGGGGAUCACUUUGAUCGCAUAUUCACCUAUUGCUCAAGGCGCUCUGACAGGAAAGUAUACACCAGAGAAGCCUCCCACUGGUCCUCGACGCCAGAUUUACACUCCUGAGUUUCUAACUCGACUACAACCUCUCAUAAACAGAAUAAAGGAGAUUGGACAGACCUACAGUAAAACUCCGACACAGGUAGUCCUCAACUGGCUAAUAGCCCAGGAGAAUGUUGUCCCCAUCCCAGGAGCAAAAAAUAAAGAACAGGCCACAGAAUUUGCAGGUGCACUGGGAUGGAGACUUUCUGAUGAAGAAAUCGUCGAGCUUCGUUCUUUGGCAUCAGAAACAAAACCUGUUACUGGGUUCCCAGUUGAAAAGUUAUAAAAUUUACCAGCAUUUGCACAUAUUUAUGCUCUCUAUGCAAUAAAUUGUGAAAAGGUGAACUUGAUGUUAAUGAUCAAUGCUGAAGAGUAAAAUUCCCAGAGUCAGGAAGGUUGAUUGUAGACAACCCCCUGAUUGGAGGUUUAUAGGUCUGAUUAUACACAAAUAUAUGAAACAUGCCACUGCCAAGCAACUUAGAAAUCAACUGUGCUUGCUCCUUACGAAUGAUUUUUAAGUUAGCCUUAGAUCUACUAUUCAACACUCCACUAUGUCUACUCUCUGUUUUGCUCAAUUCCACAUCCCAAUAUUGAACCUCUG